GGCUGAGGAGAAGGAGGUGGAGAAGGAGGAGGGGCGGGACCGGCUGGAAGCAGCGGUAGCAGCAGGCUGGGGUGAUGGUGCAGGUGCCCGGGGCCCGCGCGGAACUGCCCGGUUGAGGGGCGCCUGGUCCGGGGUCCGCAGCGCCGCCGCGUCGCUCCCGGAGGCGGGCGAGCGGGCGGGAAGAUGCUGAGCAGGUUGAUGAGCGGCAGCAGCAGGAGCCUGGAGCGAGAGUACAGCUGCACGGUGCGGCUGCUGGACGACAGCGAAUACACCUGCACCAUCCAGAGAGAUGCCAAAGGCCAGUACCUGUUUGACCUUCUUUGCCACCACCUGAACCUACUUGAGAAAGACUAUUUUGGGAUCAGAUUUGUGGACCCUGACAAGCAGCGGCAUUGGUUGGAGUUUACAAAGUCUGUUGUGAAGCAAUUGAGAUCCCAGCCUCCAUUCACCAUGUGUUUCCGUGUGAAGUUUUACCCUGCAGACCCUGCUGCCCUGAAAGAGGAAAUAACCAGGUAUUUAGUCUUCCUGCAGAUCAAAAGGGAUCUCUACCAUGGCCGCCUCCUCUGUAAAACAUCGGAUGCUGCCUUGUUAGCAGCCUAUAUCCUUCAAGCGGAGAUUGGGGAUUAUGAUCCAGGAAAGCAUCCGGAAGGCUACAGCUCCAAGUUCCAGUUUUUCCCAAAACAUUCAGAGAAACUGGAAAGAAAAAUUGCUGAGAUUCACAAGACAGAGCUCAGUGGUCAGACACCAGCAACCUCAGAGCUGAACUUCUUACGGAAAGCGCAGACAUUGGAGACCUACGGGGUGGAUCCCCACCCGUGUAAGGAUGUGUCAGGAAAUGCUGCGUUUCUUGCCUUCACCCCUUUUGGAUUUGUUGUUCUGCAAGGAAAUAAGAGAGUCCACUUCAUUAAGUGGAAUGAGGUGACCAAGCUGAAAUUUGAAGGAAAAACUUUCUAUUUGCACGUAAGCCAGAAAGAGGAAAAGAAAAUUAUUCUCACGUAUUUUGCUCCAACUCCAGAAGCCUGCAAGCACCUCUGGAAAUGUGGGAUUGAGAACCAAGCUUUCUACAAGCUGGAGAAGUCAAGCCAAGUACGUACUGUGUCGAGCAGCAAUCUGUUCUUUAAAGGGAGCCGGUUCCGAUACAGUGGCCGAGUUGCAAAAGAAGUAAUGGAAUCUAGUGCCAAAAUCAAACGGGAGCCACCAGAAAUACACAGAGCAGGGAUGGUUCCAAGUCAGAGCUGCCCUUCCAUAACCCACGGCCCAAGGCUGAGCAGUGUGCCCCGGACCCGCAGAAGAGCCGUCCACAUCUCCAUCAUGGAAGGCCUGGAGUCCCUCCGGGACAGUGCCCACUCCACGCCAGUGCGCUCCUCUUCCCACGGGGACACCUUCCUGCCUCACGUGAGAAGCAGCCGGGCAGACAGCAAUGAGCGAGUGGCUGUGAUUGCAGACGAGGUCUACAGUCCCGCAGACAGCGUGCUGCCCACCCCUGUGGCCGAGCAUAGCCUGGAGCUGAUGCUGCUCUCUCGGCAGAUCAACGGGGCCACCUGCAGCAUCGAGGAGGAAAAGGAGUCUGAAGCCAGCACCCCAACUGCUGCAGAGGUGGAGGCCCUUGGGGGAGAGCUGAGGGCCCUGUGUCAUGGGCACGGCAGGCCAGAGGAGGAACAGGUGAAUAAGUUUGUUUUAAGUGUCCUCCGUUUGCUCCUUGUGACCAUGGGACUCCUCUUUGUUUUGCUCCUCCUCCUGAUCAUCCUUACUGAGUCUGACCUUGACAUUGCCUUUUUCCGAGAUAUCCGCCAGACCCCCGAGUUUGAACAAUUCCACUAUCAAUACUUUUGUCCCCUCAGGCGAUGGUUUGCCUGCAAAAUCCGCUCAGUGGUGAGCCUGCUCAUUGACACCUGAGAAGGCAUGACUCCUCCCUAUAACUAGCCAGGUGGACCAAGGAGAACCUGGCUACCCCUUCCCAGCAAAGGGACCCGACCCAUCGCGGAACCAUCGGCACACAUACCAAGUCCUCCUCUCAUGACUCAAAGUCCACUGCAGCCUAGGAGGGUCGUUUCCCAGAAGAAGAAAGGGAGAGGCUCGUGCCCUGUCCAAACAAACUGGGAAAAUUCAUGUUCUUCAAAGGUUCUUUCAAGAAAGGCUCAGCGACUCUCUCAUCCUUCCAAUUUGCAGGAUAACUUUUGGUUUUGAAUUUUGACUUUUCAUAGAUGUGUAUUAUUUUGAAAGUACUAAAUAAAGAAAAUUUAUUUUACUAUUAA